AUGGAUGAAGGAGGAGGUGGAGGAGGAGGAGGAGGAGGAGGGGUGGGAAUGGCCGCCCCGAGACAGCCGCAGCAAGGGAACAACAACCCCGCUAACCCGCCGACGGGCGGCGGGGGCGGCGGGGCUCUGGUGCCCCAGCAGCAGCAGCAGCCGGCAGAGGAGAUGCCCCCGCGGCCCCAGCAGUACACCAUCCCCGGCAUCCUGCACUACAUCCAGCACGAGUGGGCCCGCUUCGAGAUGGAGAGGGCGCACUGGGAGGUGGAGCGGGCCGAGCUGCAGGCCAGGAUAGCGUUCCUCCAGGGAGAGAGGAAGGGUCAGGAGAACUUGAAGAACGACCUCGUCCGAAGAAUCAAGAUGUUGGAGUAUGCCCUGAAGCAGGAGCGAGCGAAGUACCACAAGUUAAAAUACGGAACUGAGCUGAACCAAGGAGAGGUGAAGCCUCCCAGCUUUGAAACAGAUGAAACCAAAGAAGCAGAAGUCACGUCUCCGCCAAACUGUCAGCUGACCUGGAAACAAGGACGGCAGCUGCUCAGACAGUACCUGCAGGAGGUGGGCUACACAGACACCAUCCUGGACGUGCGGUCCCAGAGGGUGCGCUCCCUGCUGGGUCUAGCCGGCUCGGAGCACAACGGCUCCCUGGAAAACAAGAACCUGGAGCACAUCCUCAACGGAACGGAGUCCCCCGGCAAGAGGAGGGAGCAGGACACCAAGAGGAGUCCCGGGGACGUCCUGGAGACGUUUAACUUCCUGGAGAACACGGAGGACAGUGAUGAGGAGGAGGAGGAAGAGGAGGGCGACAUGCUGGACCACAUCAACACACACACGGCGCAGCGCAAGAAACACAAGAACAAGGUGGCUAACGAGGGGCUAGCGUCGGAGCUCGCGGAGGACGCGGACACGGAGGAGGCGCUGAAGGAGUUCGACUUCCUGGUGACGGCGGAGGACGGCGAGGGCGCCGGGGAAGCCCGCAGCUCCGGGGACGGCACCGAGUGGGCGGAGCCACUGCCAUACCCUGCCAGCGGGGGGAAGUCCUUCCUGUUGGGCGGCAACGAGGACGUCCUGGAGAACGUGCUCGGACUGGGCGACCUCGCUGACCUCACCGUCGCCAACGACGACCCCGACUACAGCUAUGAUCUGCCGUCCAGUAAGGACUCGUCCUUCCGGAAGACGUGGAGCCCCAAGUACACGCUGCGGAGCCACUUCGACGGGGUGCGGGCGCUGGCCUUCCACCCCGUGGACCCCUGCAUGGUCACGGUGUCCGAGGACCAGACGCUGAAGCUCUGGAACCUCACCAAGACCCUCCCCGCCAAGAAAAGUGCCUCUUUCGAUGUGGAACCCAUCUACACAUUCAGAGCCCACAUUGGUGCGGUGCUGUGUGUGGCUAUGAGCUCCAGUGGAGAGCAGUGUUUCACCGGAGGCAUCGACUCCAACAUCCACUGGUGGAACAUGCCCAGUUCUAACGUGGACCCCUACGACACCUACGACCCCAGCGUGCUGGCGGGCUCGUGGGCGGGGCAUACGGACGCCGUGUGGGGAUUGGCUUACAGCGGCAUCAAGAAGCGGCUGCUGUCGUGCUCGGCCGACGGGACGGUGAAGCUGUGGAACCCUCAGGACAAGGGCGGGGCCGUGUGCACCCUGAACGCCGACCGAGAGCACGGCAUUCCGACGUCGGUGGACUUCAACGGCUGUGACCCCGCCCACAUGGUGACAUCAUUCAGCAGUGGGGAUGUGGUCCUCUAUGACCUGGAGACCUCCCAGCAUGCACUGGUGCUGCACGGCCAGGGAGAAAGCACACUGCCAGGAGCCAAUCACAUCAACAAGGUGGUGAGCCACCCGACGCUCCCCCUCACCAUCACCGCCCACGAGGACAGACACAUCAAGUUCUACGACAACAAGACAGGUAAGGUGGUUCAUGACAUGGUGGCUCACCUGGACGCGGUCACCAGCCUGGCGGUCGACCCGAACGGCAUCUACCUGAUGUCAGGAAGUCACGACUGCUCGGUGCGUCUCUGGAGCGUGGACAGCAAGACGUGCGUCCAGGAGAUCACGGCCCACCGGAAGAAGAGCGAGGAGGCCAUCUACGACGUGGCCUUCCACCCCAGCAGGGCCUACAUCGCCUCCGCCGGCGCCGACGCCCUGGCCCGCGUCUACGUCUAGAGAGGACCGCACACACACACACAGACAGACGGACACACACACACACACACACACACACACACACACACACACACACACACACACACACACACACACACACACACACGUACAGAGACAGAUAUACACAUACAGACGGACCGACACACACACAGACAGACGGACACACACACACAGACAGACGGACAGACACACACACACAGACAGACGGACAGACACACACACAGACAGACGGACAGACACACGUACACACAGAGAGAGACGGACACACAUACAAACACACACAGACGGUAGGACACACAGACAGACACACGUACACACAGAGAGAGACGGACACACACAGUGACACAUAUACAGACACAUACACACACAGACGGACAGACGCACACACACACACACGGACACACAGACACACACACAAAGAGGUCGACUAAACGCUAAGAAGUCCGGUUUCACUCAGAGACACGGCCCCCUCCGCCUCCUCCGUUGUUGUGGUUAUUAUGGUCUGGAUGAUGGUGGCGUGCCGAGGAACAGGAAGUGGAGCCCGUCCUGGGUCUCCAUGGAGCCGGCGUCCCACUCGCCCAUGUAAAGGAAAUCUAGUUUUGUAAUUCUUUUGAUAUGAACGGACCGCCGGAAGUGUAAACACUCAAACCCCCCCCCCCCCCCCCCCCCCAACCCACCCCUCCCUGGGGUCACACGGAUCAGGACAAUCAAACCCACUGGACCCGCUGGCCUCCUACACCCUUGUUUCCUAGCUCCUUGAUCCCUUCGCCCUUGUCUCCUAGUUCUGUAGCCCUCUGGUUCCUAGCUGCUGGGGUCAUGGAUUCUUAGCCCAACUGAGCAGCAGGAUGACCUUUGAACCCUGACCCCUUCCUACUAAAGACCCUACCCCAACACACACACACAACACAGAAACACAGACGUGUGACUUUUUAGACGGUUUUAUGAUUGGUUCUCUGAGCAGGAAACAGGAAGCAGAACCCAGUCCCAACCUUUCGGACUCGCGUAUAACUCUGCUCUGAUUGGUUGGGACGAAUAACUCAUCACUAAUGAUGCCACGGUUCAGGUGAUGACAUCACGCUGGAGACCCAUGACGUCGUGGUUCUGAGCGAUGACGUCACAGGUCCCAGGUCAGGAUAUUACCUUACGGGUCAGGUGAUGAAAUCAUAGUUUGGGGGUGAUAUCGCCAUUUUUUUUAAUGAUGACAUCACGGUUCUGAGCAAUGGCUUUGCUGUUGGACGGAUGACAUCACGGUUGGAGCGAUGACAUCACGGUUGGGAUUGGGCAGGAUUAUUCCACUCGUUUGUUUUUAAUGAUAUUUUAUUUUUCUAAGUUAAGGGAUUUGUAACGUCCUCACGGACCACGGCAGGAGAGCUCGUCUGGUUUCUGUUGUCCUGUUUUACCUGUCAAGGUGUUUCACCCCUCUGGUGUAAUUCAAGGCUUUUGUUUGUGUAAUGCAUGAUUAAUACAAUAAAGUAUUUUUUCUAGUCUUCCAAAAAGAAAAAAAAUAUCAGUUUGGGAGUUUUGAUGAGUUUUGUAAGUUUUUUUGAUUUACAAACAGCAGAUUUUAAAGAUUGUACCACAUAGCAAAAUACAACUGUUGAAAUGUAUAUAAAAUGUCUAUAAUAAAUAUUAAAUGGUGUACAUGUA